CAUUCCUCAAAGGCAGCUCCGCAUCGCAGCCCCGCCCACCCCUCAUUCUCAUCCCAUUCGCAACCUUCUCACUCACAACUAUCAAAUCUCAAUCACCAAAAUCUCAUCGCAAUCAUGUCUCUACCCCUGAAAGCCAAGGUCGCCCUGCGAGACAAGUGGGAGAAGACAGACUCCCCCGUUCAGACAGCCAUCAAGGAGGUCAAGGGCCUUCUUGGCCUUGACGUUCACUGUGAGCCAGAAUGGCCAAUUCUCAUUUCUGAACUGGAAAAGGUCUAUGAGGACAAGGCCCAACUGAUCGGUGCACUUGUUGGCAUCCUGCAGACCUGGUUCGCAACUCUUGCCGAGAUUCUCGACGAUUCAACCCAAGACACUUGGUCUGAAAUGGUCGUUGAGAAGGUCAAUGAGUUAACCUCGAGACUGAAUGUGACUGUCGAGGCCUCCGAGACUGAGCGAGCUUCUACGGAAUGGUCUGACAAGCGCAAGGGAUUUCUUGUGUGCAUUCCCAAGGUCCAUGUGCAUCAACCGGCUCAGUUCGGAUCUCUCUUCAAGGAGCAGCUUCUCGACUGCUUCGAGGAGAAGAAGAAGCCUUCACAGUCGCUACCAAUCCAUUCCACCACCGGGGAUGAAUGGGCGGAUGUGGGCAUGGAUGAAGCAGCUGAGAAGCCUGUAAAGCCUACUGCAACAAAGGACACAGCAUCCAUUGUUGACUAUCUCCCCGACGCCAACACUUUGCCCAAGCCUGGCACUCUCCUCCUCAAGCCUCCGUACCACCUCUUCAUUCAUGCCAUCGGCAACAACAAACUCGAGAUCCAGUGCUCUCAUAGCGCGACCCUCGAGGUUUUAUCCGACUAUCUUAAGAGAUGGUGUCGGAUUAACCCAAAUGUCACCACCAAGCCUCCCGCUGUCGAGAUCACUCUCAAUCAAGGCUCUUGCGGCUUCGGUCUGACAUACGACACACUAACCCUAUUCUGCGAGAAUCGAUAUCAUGGAAUCUUUACGGUCUCUCCAACUCUGAUUUUGCACUUGGUGGAGGGUGAGUUUGGAUAUGAGAGGGUGUAUAGUGAUGCUAGUACUUGGCAAUAUCGCCGGGACGCACCAUUCAAGAGGGCAUAGAAGGAAUGGAUGAAUGAAAUGACCAAGCAGCAUGAUAAUUUAUUUUUGCCAGCUUUCAUGUAAUCAAGAGUAGUGUUCAAAUCUCUAAGA